GAAGUCCAGGGAAUCUUCAAAGGUUUUGUCAAGAAGUUUUCUAUACCCCACUUUCAGCUUAUUUUAUUUUAUUUUUUAAUUAUAAUUGCACUCGUGACGUACUACUUGAUGUCCACGCAAACAGUCGUUUCCCUUUCCGUGCGUUUCACGCGCUUCGCGUCUCCUCAGAAAAGUUUGCAUGGAUUGAGAGCGGACUCUUUCUCUUUGGUUCCUGUUUGAAUGUUCCUGUACUCCUUCUAGUCCAUCCAGGAGUGAUUGCAGACCCUCUUAUACCCCUUUCAGGAUGUAUUUAUGAUAAGGACACCGAUGGCUCUUUUGUGUCUCCGCCUGUAAAUGUGUCUAUCUCUGAUUCGCCAUGCUUUCUUAUUUUUUACACUGUAAAACGGCACCAGUUGAGGAUAAGCAUGCAUGAGCUGUCCAAGCGUAAAAGGGUCUCCAAGGAUGAAGAUGGAAUCUAUGAGUGCUCCGUCAAGACUCCGAUGGCUUUGAAGGACAGCCGGCUCACCUGGAGCUUCCUGCUGUGGUCUGUGACGUGGAUCUCGGCUCUGACUUUUACGCCACAUGAAGGGUCUUCGGUCAGUCCAGUGUUUUAUCGGACCACUCCAUCUCUGAACAGCUCUGAGGCCCCUACAAACAAUUACACAGGCCUGAGCUGCACGACGCUGCUUCCCCCUCGGCGAGGCUCUUUCUAUGUAGAGGAAGGCUCUGGGAUGUCCGUGGGCACAGUUUUGGUGUUCUGGUGCCUCGAGGCGUACCAGCUGGUGGGCAGCGAGAAGAUCACCUGUGUCCUGCGUAGCGACAGCGCUCAGUGGAGCAACUACCCACCCGACUGUGAGGCCAUUCCCAAACCAGAGGACCGCGGGCUGAGAGUGGCUGUACUGGCAUCGGUAGUGAGCAGCAUCGUCAUCCUCGCCAUGUCCGUGUCCUUCAUCAUCUGCUGUCUGCAGGAGCGCAUGAGCAAAGCGAGGGCAGAACAGACAGACAGACGGGGCAGGACGAGAGACAAGCACAAAUCAUCCUGGAGGAGCGAGUGCUGGCUGGAGAGGGAUGAAGGAGACUGGGAAGCUUUUCCUCCUCCUAAAAUUUACAGUCUUUCCCAGCACCUUGACCCCCAUCUGACCCCUGAGAGCCCGGUCUAUAUGGGGGGACUGGCUGGUUAUGAUAACCGUGGGUAUCUGAGGAGUCAGGAAAACCUCCUGAAAGCUCCUCUUCCUGCUCUUUACCGUACAGAAAGUCAUAUGUACCCACAUGUGGUCCUGCAGAGGGUCCCCACACCCACAGUGCCGACUGCACCCAGCGCGCCCGUCUACCUCCACCUCCCCACCCCUCCACCCGCAGAAAGCCCCGGGGAACAGUCUGCUCUGCCGCCGUACCCCAGUGCCGCUCCACAGCAUCUGUGGCCAUAGAAACACACUUUUAUUCAGAACUUUUACAACUGUGGCCAUGGCGACGGAUUACGGCCCCUACGUGCAAACGGCUCCUGGAGUUCAGAAAACCAAGAGAAAUGAUGGACUCAAGCUAGAGCCACCUCGAUCACUACACACCGCUAGAUCUAGAUGUUAGACCAUGUGUGGGUCCAAAUGUAGUUACAUUUAAUAUGUUGCAUAUGUAAGGACAUUUCUGAAUGACUCUAAAGAGGCCCUCUGUGUAGUUUCUUGGAGAGAAAAGUGACAUUAGUAGAGGUGAGGACUCCAUCCUGGUACUGUGAUCCACUCCAGGUUUUAUUAUUGUCAGUAAGUACUUUUUAUCUGUGUGGUAAAGGUUCUGACUACUUGCACUCAUUAAAUGAAAAAAUGCAACCAUUUCAAGUCACAUUAGAGCAUCAUUAGAGUAUAAUAUCUCUACGUUUUUUUUUUGUGUUGUAGAAUUGUAGGAGAAUUACAUGAAUGUCCACUGGGAUCUCAUAAACCUAUGAUACUUGAUUUUGUUUAUAACAAAUAAAAAGAUUUUAAUGAU